AUGGUGCCGGAAAUCUGGAAACUCGACGGUGACAAUCCCAGAACCGACGGGUGUCCGCGGACGAAUGGCGACGUUGCAAAUGACGCUUGUUCAAUGCCACGAAAACCCCCUGAUGAUGGUCACAUUUUCACCGAAAGCUAUUUCACUGGUCAUAAUAAUGGCUUCGUUGUGACGAGAUUCUACUCAUUCAGGCCCUUUCGUAGCUGCUUGUGUCGCGCGAAUCGGAUUCAUGAUGUGCAUGGAAACCUUCGCCGGCAGCAUGCACAUCAUGACCAGGCCAAUCCUCAGGAUGAUGAUCCACAUUAUGACCAGGCCAAUCCUCAGGAUGAUGAUCCACAUUAUGACCAGGCCAAUCCUCAGGAUGAUGAUCCACAUUACGACCAGGCCAACGCUGAGGAUGAUGAUCGCCAAAAUGUUCAGCGGAUUCUGACGAGUCAUCUCGAGAAUAAUCCGACAAAUAGUCCAAAAAAUCGUCAUACUCUGAUUCGCCUAAAUAAAAAAAGAAACCGACUCUAUACAACGAAUCUGCAGUGUUUGAAGAUGGAUGCGUCUAACGAAACAGGGGAUGAUUCUGAAGCUGAAUCUCACGGGACGCAUUCUGCAUCUGACGAAAGUCUAGAUGUGAAGGUGACUGACUCUCACUCAGAUGGCCCCAGUUCGAAACCCAGCAGGAGCAUCAUCAGAGGACAGCAGAUUCAAAGCAAAGGAGCAGCAGCAGGAAAGAAUAUUGAUGAUUACAGGAAUCCUGAUGAUGUUCAGGAUGGGGAUGUUCUGGAUGUUCUGGAUGAUGGGGAUGUCCUGGAUGUUCUGGAUGAGGGGGAUGUCCUGGAUGAUGGGGAUGUUCUGGAUGAUGGGGAUGUCCUGGAUGUUCUGGAUGAGGGGGAUGUCCUGGAUGAUGGGGAUGUUCUGGAUGUUCUGGAUGAUGGGGAUGUUCUGGAUGUUCUGGAUGAUGGGGAUGUCCUGGAUGUUCUGGUUGAGGGGGAUGUCCUGGAUGAUGGGGAUGUACUGGAUGUACUGGAUGAUAUUCAUCAGGAUAUUUUGAAGGCCCAGAUUUUUCAGCGGAAAGCUGCUGUAGAGAGUGGGCCCCCAUCUUACGUCAUCAAUCCGUUCCAGGAUGGAUGUCAUAACAUGGGACCGUCGUAA